ACUGUGACACUCAAGAUGGCUACCAGGUAUCGGAAACGUAAAGAAAAUGGUAAAAUUAAGACUACUCAGGACCUCACAAGUAGACAGCAUGAGAGAAAAAAAAAAAUGUGGAAGAAAAAUUCGGCAAAAUAUUACAGAAAAAAAAAGCAAGAGCAAGCACUUCUAGAUCUAACCCCAACAUCUUCAUUAAGUGAGACAGAAAAUUCCUUUGGAAAUGAAGAAAAUAACAGACAGGAACUAGACACAAAUAAUGAAAGUCUGAACAGAACACCAGCAAAAGAAAGUUUAGACCUGAAAGGGCCAAUUGAGGCAUCCACCCCCCAGAGAACACGGCCAGUCAUUAAAAAAAGAGAGCGGGCAUCAAGGACUGUGGCCAAAUUAAGAGCAAAACUAAGGUAUGUUGAAGAGAAACUUAGGGCAAAGAAAACACAACUGCUGACACUAAACAGAAAAAUUAGAAGGCUGGCGGCUAAUAGAACAAAAAGUGCAAUGCUACCAGCAAAUAUUUCACAGGGGGUCAGUAUCAGAGAGGCUAAAAAGGGACUGAUGAUCAAUAGCAGGCGCAAACAACUUGACAAGGUUGUGAGCAUGUUCCUACAUCGGGAUGAUGUCUCAACUAUCAUAAAUGGCAAGUCUGGAGAGAUUCGUCGCAAGGGACAAAUUUAUAGAAAAAGAGCACUCACAGACACCUUGGCAAAACUCCAUCAACGCUUCCUUGUUGAACAUCCUGAGCAAACAGUGUCCAAAGCUCAGUUCUUUAGAUUGAGGCCAUUUUGGAUUAUUAGGCCUAAAGUUAAAGACAGAGAGACGUGUGCAUGUAAAAUACAUGAGAACAUUGGCUUUAAAUUAAAAAGAAUGCAGCAACUGGGUAUCAUUGAAACAUCAAGCCCAGAGGAUCUUGUGCAGUCCAGUGUGUGUGACACUGGCAACAUGUCCUGCAUGUACAGCAGAUGUCAAAAAUGCAUUGAAAAGACCUUUCCCACAUCCUUAGAUCCUCUCACUCAGGGGAACACUGUCAUCUGGCAAGAGUGGGUCACAAGGUCUGUCACUGUAACAAAGACCCUCAAGGAUGGAUCUACAGAGGAAAGGCAGACAAAGAAAACGGUCCUUGAAAAACGUACCUCAUCCAUUGAGCGGUUGCUGGCCCUAACAACAGAACACCUUCCAGGUUUUGCCAUUCACAUGUUUAAUGUCAAGAACCAAUAUUUGUCAUUGAAAGCAAUGAAAGAUACCCUGACAGAUGAUGCUGUUGCUGUACAUGUGGAUUACAGCGAAAAUUACAGCUGCAAAUAUGCCAAAGAAAUCAAGGACACCCAUUUUGGAACUGGGAAUGAUCAGGUAACCCUCCACACCGGGGUACUCUAUCUCAGUAGGGGCAGAGUGGAAGCCUUCGCAUCCCUCUCAUCAUCUCUACAGCACGAUGCAGUGGCAACCUGGGCUCAUCUUGACCCAGUGCUGAGAUACAUACGAGGAAAGUAUCCUGAAGUCCACAACCUACAUUUCAUUUCAGAUGGCCCAACUUCCCAGUAUAGAAACAAAACAUCUUUCUAUCUAGCCUCCACUGUGCCCUUUAUGCAUGGAUUUGAAUGGGUGACCUGGAACUAUACUGAGGCAUCACAUGGCAAAGGUGCACCAGAUGGAGUUGGUGGGGCCUUGAAGAAUCUUGCGGACAGAAUUGUUUCUUAUGGGACCAGUAUUCCUGAUGCAGACUCUCUGUAUGAGCAGCUGAAGAACAAUUCAUCAGUGACUCUGUACAAAGUAUCAGAGGAGAAAAUAAAGGCCAGCUGCGAAUUGGUUCCCCCCAACCUGAAAGCAGUUCCUGGGACACUGAAAAUACACCAACUGACAUCCACAAAACCAGGAGUCAUAAAUACACGGGAGGUGUCAUGCUUUUGUGGAAAAAAUUGCCAGUGCUUUUCUACAAAUUGCCACAUGUUCUCUGAGGGAAGAGAUGAGGACCCUGACAGAACAGAGGCCACCAUAGAGGUUGGAAAGUGGGUCCUGGUUGAAUACGAUGGUGACUUGUUUCCUGGUACAGUCACACAGAUUGCUGAAGGGCAGUAUGAAGUCGACACCAUGAAUUGUGCCGGGGAGAACCGCUUCUAUGUACCAAGCAUCAGAUUUCCAGGAGAAAGGGUCUGGUACUAUCGUCAGGACAUACGGGACAUAAUCCCAGAACCACUUCCUGUCACCUCCUCUGCUAGACAUUUCUGCAUUUUACCUGACAUAUGGGCAAAACACAAGAAAUGCUCAUGA